CGGACUCUUUAGAGCAACGAGCACUUCCGGAAUCUCCGGGCAGCUUGGCGUGGUUGGCCUGCUAAAGGCCGAUUCUUGCCUCGCGUGCGAGGCCCCGAUUCGCUCGUGAUCUCGCGCGCCUCCGUCCCCCGGCCUCAUGGCCGGGCUGACCCUGUUUGUGGGCCGCCUGCCGCCCUCCGCCCGCAGUGAGCAGCUGGAGGAGCUGUUCAGUCAGGUGGGGCCGGUGAAGCAGUGCUUCGUGGUGACUGAGAAAGGGAGUAAGGCAUGUCGAGGCUUUGGCUAUGUCACUUUUUCUAUGCUGGAAGAUGUUCAGAGGGCCCUCAAGGAGAUUACCACCUUUGAAGGCUGUAAGAUCAACGUGACUAUUGCCAAGAAAAAACAGAGGAACAAGUCCAAGGAAAAGGGGGAAAAUGAAAAUUCAGAACCCCCAAAGAAGGAGCUGAAACCUAAAAAUCCCAAACUAGCAGAUAAGAAAGCCAGAUUAAUUAUUCGGAACCUGAGCUUUAAGUGUUCAGAAGAUGACUUGAAGACAGUAUUUGCUCAGUAUGGAGCUGUUCUGGAAGUAAACAUUCCCCGGAAGCCAGAUGGAAAGAUGCGUGGUUUUGCUUUUGUCCAGUUCAAAAACCUUCUAGAAGCAGGAAAAGCUCUCAAAAGCAUGAACAUGAAAGAGAUAAAAGGACGGACAGUGGCUGUGGAUUGGGCUGUGGCAAAGGAUAAAUAUAAAAAUACACAGUCUGCCUCUGCCCCAGGUGAGGAGAAGAGGCCUGAACCUAAACAUCAGGAAUUAGGUAAAGAGAAUGGCAGGGAAGAAAAGGAUAUGGAAGAGGAAGAGGGAGAAGAGGAUGACACAGAAGAGGAAGAUGAGGAGAGGGAAAGGGAGGAGAACAAAGAAACAAGGGUGACCAAGCCUGCACAAAUUCAAAAGAGAGCAGUCCGGAGGGCCGCGCCUGGCGAGAGCAGUGAGGAGGAGCUUUCUGAUGACGACAGUGACCUGGGGGAAAGAGAGAGUAUCGAUGAUGGAGAGGAACUGGCUCAGAGUGAUACCAGCAGUGAAGAGCAAGAGGACGAAGAUGUGCAAGUCUCAAAGAAAAAGAAGAGGAAAUUACCCUCUGACGUGAAUGAAGGGAAAACUGUUUUUAUCAGAAACCUGUCUUUUGACUCAGAGGAAGAAGAACUCGGGGAGCUCCUCCAGCAAUUUGGAGAUCUUAAAUAUGUCCGUAUUGUCUUGCAUCCAGACACAGAGCAUUCUAAAGGUUGUGCGUUUGCCCAGUUCAUGACUCAAGAAGCAGCUCAGAAAUGCCUUGAAGCUGCUUCUCCAGAGACUGAGGGUGGUGGGCUUAAACUGGAUGGCCGGCAGCUCAGGGUCGACUUGGCAGUGACCCGUGAUGAGGCUGCAAAGCUCCAGACAAAGAAGGUGAAGAAGCCAACUGGAACCCGGAACCUCUACCUGGCCCGAGAAGGCUUGAUUCGUGCUGGGACUAAGGCUGCCGAGGGUGUGAGCGCUGCUGAUAUGGCCAAAAGAGAACGGUUUGAGCUGCUGAAGCAUCAGAAACUCAAGGACCAGAAUAUCUUUGUCUCCCUGACCAGGCUGUGCCUGCACAACCUCCCAAAGAGUGUGGACGACAAAGAGCUCAGAAAGCUGCUGCUGAGUGCCACCCGAGGGGAGAAGGGGGUGCGCCUCAAGGAGUGUAGGGUGAUGCGAGACCUCAAAGGAGCACUUGGGAAGGUGAAGGGUCAGUCCCUGGGCUACGCCUUUGCAGAGUUCCAGGAUCACGAGCAUGCCUUGACAGCCCUACGCCACAUCAACAACAACCCAGAGAUCUUUGGGCCUCUGAAGAGACCAAUAGUGGAGUUCUCUUUGGAGGAUCGAAGGAAACUUAAAAUAAAGGAACUGAGGAUUCAGCGCAGCCUGCAAAAAGUGAAAUCCAAGCUUGCAACUGGUGGGCCCCAGCAGGAACAACCAGCCCUUGGAAAGGACCAGCAACGGCAACGGAAAGCAGCUCAAAACCACACACAGGAACAAACCAAGGCCCCCCUGGAGCAGAAGGGGAGGGUGCAUCCGACCUCGUGGACAGGGUUCCAGACCAAGGCUGAAGUGGAGCAGGUGGAGCUGCCUGAUGGAAAGAAGAGAAGAAAGGUCUUAGUGCUCCCCUCACACCGAGGCCCCAAAAUUAGGCUGCGGGACAAAGGCAAGGUGAAGUCUCUCCCCAAAAAGCCAAAGCCCCAGAUGAACCAGCAGAAGCCAGAGAAGCAGGCAUUACCUCCCAAGCAGGCCCUUAGGAAAAAAGCUAAGGGAAAUAAGACCGAAAUCCGCUUCAACCAGCUGGUCGAACAAUACAAGCAGAAAUUACUGGGACCUUCUAAAGGAGCACCUCUUGCAAAGAGGAGCAAAUGGUUUGACAGUUGAUGGUGGCAGCGGACUGGAUAAGAAGCUGGAUUCUUGGUCAAGCUCCCAGGUCGCCACCCCUUAAUGUUUUUCUCUGAGGGAAGGACACCCCCCCCCUUCCUCCCCAGGGCACUGCCACUUUGUUGGGAGGCCCCUUGGGCUGUGCACAUUUGAACUUUGGACCCCUCCUCAGUGCGUGAUUAGUGAACCACAAAGAGAAAUCUCAGAAAAACAUCGAUGCUUUUUGUGUAUUAUCCAAGUUACUGUGUGAAUUGUGUCUGUAAUUAUUACCCAUUCAGUCCUUUGUUUCUCAAAUGGAAAACAGUAGGAAAGAGGUUUCUUGAGGGCUGAAUUUUUAAGAUGUGUAUUUUGUUAAGUGUUUCCUUUAAAUGAGGUAUUUUUUGGCUUUUUGAAUAACAAACUUAUUUCUCAUUUCUAAUAGAUGUGAAUCCUUUAUUAUUUAUGAACAUUGACAUUCCUAACUCUAGUUCAGUUACAUAGUUCUACAUAAUGCAGGAAUUAAGUAAGAAUGGAGAAAAAUGAUUUCCAACCUAAUCUCAGAGAAUGGGAGAGACUGGGAAAGUCACUGAGGGCAGUGGGGCCUGGCAGAGAGCAACCCCUGAUAAUUGCUAGCCAGAUAAGUGGGUUAUUAUGAGCAGCUGACUAGAAAUCGGUUUGCAGUUGCCCACUGUCAGUAGCCUCGCUGGUGAUGACCAACAUUUUCCCUCCUCAAAAAUUAGCAGAGGUAGGAGUUGGUGGAGGAAGCAGUGAGCAUGAGGCCUAGGCUCUAGGUUGUCCUGCCUUUACCUAAUGGGUGGCCUUGAAUCAGACGCAGACUCUCUCAGCCUUGGUUUUCUCAUCUGUAAAGUAAGCAGUUGAACUAAAGGUUUUCUCUGAUCCAUUUUGGCUAUACUCUUUUUAUAAUUCAUUCAUUCUAAUUCAUACUCUCUUUUUUUUUAAUCCUUUCUUUUUUUAUCCUCAGAGAGGAUAGAGAUGACUCAUUACUUCCCCAAAUUUUGGAGGUAUUGCAAAAGCUGGGAGGGAUGGUGAGUAAAUAUUAGAGAGUCUAGAUCCAAAAAACAUCAUGAUAGCCUGAAGGGAUGGGCUGAAUCUGAUAAAAUGAAAAUCACUGGGAGCAAACAUUAAUUCCUUCACUUGGGUUCAAAAGCCCUGCGGGCACAAGUUGUGAUUGGAGAAUUUGAGUUGAAUGAAUUCACAUUCUGAAGCAACAGUAUGGCUGCCACACAUGUAAUGGGAUCAUUAGCAGGAGAAAUGGGACGUCUCCAGUGAGUGAGCUGCUGGUAUUCUGGGUUGGCCAUAUCAUACCUAUGAGACAAAUGUAAUGACCAAGUUGGUGAAGGAAGUCAGAAAGAGAGAUGGAAACACAAUUGGUCAUGAGUUGGUUGUUGUUGAAGCUAGUCAUAGGUAAAUGGAGAUGUAUUAUACGGUUCUCUCUGCUUUUGUGGACAUUUGAAAUGUUCCAUAAUAAAAAGUUAGACUUUAGAAAGUCCAAUGAGUAACUGAAAGAAACCGGUCUGACUUGCCUGAGAAGGGAAUUUUUGGAGUGUUACUAGCUGUUGGUAGAGCGCAGAAGGAUAUAUGGAGGCAAAUGAGUAAAAGUCACAAGGAAUUGGGUUUUGGAAGAACUUCAGUGUUGCCAUCAGAGGGGAAUGAGUCCCAUCUCUGGAACAGAACAAGUAGAGUAAAUCCAGGAUAGUGCCAGGGGGUUCCAGUACCCGAGGACUGGGCUAGAGGAGACCAUAAGGAUUGGUCAGCUGAGUAAUGUUUGACCCUGGGAUGACCUGAAGAUGGGCUUUAUGUCUCUAUCCUAGUCCCUGAGACCCCUUUCUAAGGCAGACGUCCUCAUUCUCUCUGCAGUGUUCUGCAGCUACUUGGUCCUCAUGAAGUCUGCCCCAGGCUGAGAUGGUGUAGCUCCUGCAACAGGCAGUGCCCUUGUUUCUCCAGCCCCUGCCCCCUCUUCGGCUUGUCUCUAUCUGUCUCCCUCUAUUUCAUUUUUGGCUUCUCAGCCCUUCCUUCAGUUUCUUUGACUCUACCACCUCAGAACCUUCAUGUUUGUUCCCUUCGCCUGGAGAAGUUUUCCCUCAGAUCUUUUGCUUAUCACUCAGCUCUCCACUGAGCUGUCAGUCCUCCUGGAGCUCUUUCCUGGCCAAAGAAGGGCUCUUCUUCCCCUCCUCUCUAUCCUGCCCCCAUCACUGAGUCCUGUUACUGUGCUUAUUUUCUAACGAGCGCUCAGUCUCUCCGAGAGUGUGUUUGUUCCCCUAGUUAGAAUGUAUGCUUUGUGAGAGGAAUUUGAUUUCUCAAUUGUCCUGGAGGCACAGCACCUAGAGUUGAACCUGGCACAUAGUAGGUAAGGAGUAAAUAUUUUUUGAAUGAAAAAAAAAAAAAAAUGGGCAAAGGAAGAAACAAUACCCAGUGGGUCAGAGAAAGAAUUGGAAAUAUAGUCCAAAGUUCUUGACUCU